AUGACUACAUCGACCCUCCAUCAGUCUUUGCCCCUUGGGGCCAACCUGGUUCCUGGCAUGCUGGGAUUGUCCGGUGGUGCCGAGAUGGAGCUUCAGAAGAUGCUCAUUGAUGAGAGGACCAAGUGUGAACUGCAUCGGAGCAACUACGAAACUCUUAAGGCUGAACACACCAGCUUACAGGAUGAGUUCAUGCAAGUCCAGGGGGAAGUCAAUUAUCUGCAGGCUCAGCAGGAGAAGCUCCAGCUGCAGCUGGCCGAGAGGACAGGAGAAACCCUGGAGAAAAACAGGGAGCUGGAGGAGCUCCGACUGCAGGUCAUGACUCCUCAGCGGCUGGAGUUGCUCAGAGCUCAGGUGCAGCGGGAGAUGGAGGGUCCAGUUAGAGAGCGUUUCUCCAAACUGGAAGAGGUGGCAGAGAAGUACAGGGCAGACUUCAACAAGCUUCGCUAUGGAUACACCGUGCUUAACGCCCAGUUUGAACACCAAAAGGAGGAAAGUGCUCGUAUGGUGGAGGAGCACAGGUUACGCUAUGAGGCUGAGAUCUCUCAUCUGGAGAAGGACAAGGAGAACCUGGUGGCUCAGUUCCAGAAUUCUGACCCACUUCAAGACCGGAAACAAGUGGAGGUUCUGCUGAGGGAGAAAAGCCAGCUCAGCUUGCGUUUGAAGGCUCUGCAGACGGAGGUGGCCGAGUUGCAGGCCCUGAAGGACAACUCUGAGCAGCAGGCUGAGAAUGUUCAACGUGCUCAGAACCGACAGCUUUCAGAAUCUCAGGCUGCGAUAAAAUCUCUUGAGGCGGAGCGUCAGUCGUUGCGCCUGCGACUGGAGCACAUGGAGAGCGAGCUUGGUCUCAGCAACGAGCAGUACAACCAAGUCACCAGACACUUGCACAGAGCUGAGAAACAAGUCACCUCCCUCACCAACCAGAUCGAAAGCCUGAAGCAUUCUCAUAAGAUGGAGGUGGCGAGCGUCAAACUGGAGUGUACUCGCUCCAAAGGCGAGGUGGAGAGGGAGAGAGACACCCUGAAGGGCCAGCUUGAUGGUCUGCAGACGGAUGUGGAGGUGCUCAAGUCUGCGUUGGAGCGACAUAAGGAAUUAGUUGUGGAGAAAGAGAGGGAGCUGGCCAGGAAGGUUCAGUCAGCACGUGAUGAAGAAAUCUACAAAACUACUGUCUUGCAUGAAGAAAAGCUGGAGUUGGAGCACCGCCUUGCAGAGUUUGAGCAGCAGAGGGUGCUGCAGGAUACUAAGGAGCACGCCCAGAAAGAGGAAUGGGAGGAGCAACUACGGAUGGUUCAAAAAGGGGAGGAGUCUGCACGCAAAGAAUUACAGACGCUAAGAGCUCGAUUAAAGCAGAAGAGCUGUCAGCUGGAGGAGCUGGAGAGACAGACGACCGUGGUGAUGGACUUACAGCAGAAAAACCAGGAACUGUGUGGGGAGCUGGGCAUGUUGUCACGCUCCGAAGCUGAGCUGAUGGAAGCAAACCAGCACCUGAGGGCCAAACUGGACGCUGCGAGGGAGGAGAUGAGAACAGUCCGAGCUCAAGCUGAGAGGAGCCAACGCGAGGCUGAGAGGCGAGUGGAGGAGAGUCAUAUCGAGUGGCUGGAAGAGAAACACAAGCUACAAGAGCGAGAGGCUAAGCUAGAUGAGAAGUACUCUCAGCUGAAAGAGAAGCUGCAGCGGGCCGCUGUCGCCCAGAAGAAGAGGAGAUGCCAGAUGCAGAACAAAGAGAAGAGCCUUCAGAACAAGAUCCAGCUCUUAGAAGCCCAAAUGGAGGAGGCCAAACUGGAAGCUGCUGCGGCCAACAAACGUCCACUUCACUCUGAGGAACACGCUCAACUGCGCAGAAGGUUGAGGGAGCUGCAGAGAAGACAUGAUGAGUUCCGGCGCCUCCUGCUGGGUGACCAUGGAUCCUUCAGUUUUGGCCCCGCCCUCCUAACCUCCACACAAGACCCUUUCGUCAUCGGCAACACUGCGUCUAACAUACCGGAAGAAGAGGAACACAGGGAGAUGGUUCUGCUGCGUCAGCGGAUGGAUGACCUGGAAAGAGCCCAGCAGCAGCAGCUUGAAGAACUGGGCGGUCUGGUGCACAAGGACCACAGCCUGGCGAUGACCACAAGGCGGCAGUCGUGACUUGUAAGUUUUCAUCUUGAUGUUUUUUUGUCUUUUGUAAGAACAAAGUGUUCCAGUUGA